AUUAGACGAUUCAAUUUAACUCAUCAAAUUGGAUGCUCAUCACAUGAAAGUGGUAAUGUCGGUGCCGUACAUAUCAUCAAAAACGAUUCAGACAUUGAUUUUGUAAUCAAAUUUGGCAAACAUAGUCCAUAUAUAGUAGUUAUGACUGCUAAACAUUUUAAUUUCAAAACAUUUGAUUUACUAAAACAAAAUGCCAAUCGAUUGACUGGUAUAUUAAUUUUGGACAAUAAGACAGUUGACAGUCAAUUGGGAUACCAUUCCUUUGAUAGGUCGUGUCCUAAUGAAUAUCACGAUCUCUAUGUAAAUGAUGGCAAUUAUAGUCAUUGUUCAACAAUUAGAUGGAAUCGUAUGGAUAAUGACAAUCAUAAUCAUAAUAAUAAUCAUAAUCUAAUGUUCAACGACUGGCCGUUUCCAGUAUUUCUUAUCAAAAAUCAAACUAAUAUAACAGCUAUUUAUAAUUGCUCUGAAAAAUACGGCACCGGUUGGCCUGUUUGUGCCAUUGAACUCAAGUCGGCUAUGUUUGGUGCUAAAGAUGGCCCGACAUGUAUACGAAAGACAUAUAUUGGCAAUAAUCCGAUAAAAAUUUUCAAGAAAAAUCUGUUUUGUAGUCCCGAAACAGUCCUCAAUUUGUUUAGCAGUUUAGAAAGUAUUGACCAGAAAACUAGUAGUAAUAAUAAAUCAAUUGCUGAUAUGAAAUCAGUAGUGUUGGUCGCAUCCAGAUUUGAUACAUUGUCACUAUUUGCUAACAGUGCUGGUAGUGUUGGUGGUACCGGUGCCGCUGGUGCCGGUGCAGACUCAGUACUAACAUCGUUAAUAACUAUGCUGUCGAUUGUCCAUACAUUGAAUGAUGCAUUGAAUAAUAAAAAUUCAAUUAUCAGUGAUGAAGAUAAGAUUAGCCGACAAAAGAUGACUAAACCGACAACAACAACAACAACAACAGCAAUGAAAAGGACAGUCGUAUUUGCCAUCUUUGAUGGCGAAUCGUUAGAUUAUAUUGGAUCCAGUCGUACGGUUUAUGACAUGUCAUUAAACAACAACAAUAUUGAUAGUAAAUUGGAUUCAAAUAGCAUUUUUGGCUUAAGAUCCAAACAAUUGUCACAUUUUAUUGAAUUAAGUCAAUUGGCAAUGCAUUCAACAAACAAUAAUAGCAACAAUACAACAGCAGAUCCCAAACAAACAAUAUAUAUACAUAAAAACGUCUAUUCAACUGAUGAUGGAUUGAUGAACCAAUUGAUUGAUUUGAUUAAAUCAAAUGCCGAUCAAUUGGAUGAUAUGGUAGUUGAAAGUGUUAUCGAUGGCCAACCGCUUCCUCCAUCGUCUCUACAAAGUUUUCUUAAGCAAAACUUGUCGUCAUCACUGGUUGGCGUAGUCUUAGCUAACCAUCAGCGAGAAUAUAGUAAUAAAUUUUAUAAUAGUAUUUACGAUGAUUUUCAUAGACUAAACAAAUCAGAUAGAAAUUUAGUCAAACAUUUGACACAAAUUUCAACUAUAAUAUACAACAAAAAAUCUAUGACUAAGAUGAAUAUGAAUAACCAAUUGGGAAAAGAUUACUAUUAUUUAAGCAAAAAUUCAUUAAUCACUACAGUAUUUGAAUUGUUGUCAUACUUUUCCAGUGAAAAUAUUGCAAACAUUACCAAUGAAGACGAUUGUAAGCCAUCUAAUAGUAUAGAAAAGACUGAAUUCAAGUAUAAAUGGAUUCCGGGUCCAGAUUUUAACGGCACAUGUAUUAGAUAUUCAAGGAAUAGGAUAUGGGCUGAGAAAACAGUUUCGCCGCCAUUUAUCGGUGUCGCCGAUAGUUUAAAAAUCGGCCAAAAUAGUGACCACUACUCUUCGUGGACACAAAGUCAUUACGAUCGGCGGCUGAUUAGUGUCCGACUAUUUCUGAUGUCGUCGCCGACUAUCCAGUGUCAUCAAUUAUUAUCACUGAUUGAUGAAAAUUCAGUUUCUGAUGAAACUCUUAAUAACUCAGAUGAUUGA